AUGGCUGCCAACAAGCAAGGCAAGAUGAUCAACUAUCGGAUGAGAGUUACUCUUAACGAUGGCCGACAGAUGACCGGUCAAAUGCUCGCAUUUGAUAAGCACAUGAACCUCGUCCUCGCCGAUACAGAAGAAUUCCGCCGCGUCAAGCGGAAGUCCAAGCCGGCUGCUGGACCGGCUAACGCUCCUCUCGUGGAAUCGGAAGAGAAGCGAACGCUCGGUCUUACCAUUGUGCGCGGUACCCACGUCGUCUCUUGCUCCGUUGAUGGACCUCCCCCGGCAGACCCCUCUGCACGACUUGGAACAAGCGUCCCAGGCGCUGCUGCUGCCGCAGCCACUCUCGCCGCCGGUCCUGGAAUCAGCAAACCCGCUGGGCGUGGUCUACCUGUCGGACUUGGAGGCCCUGCUGCUGGUGUUGGAGGACCUCCACCUCCUCCUGGCGGCUUCCCUGGUUUCCCUCCUGGUGGUUUCCCAGGAGCGCCGCCACCAGGAUUCGCUGGCCGCGGAGCGCCUCCCGGAGGACCUCCUGGUUUCGCCCCUCCCCCAGGAUUUGCGCCCCAGGGCGGACCUCCGGCCGGUUUUCAACCCCCUCCAGGAUUCCAGCCUCCGGGCCAGGGACGUGGAUUUCCUCCACCAGGAUUUGGAGGACGGUGA